AUUGCCUUAUAUACCUCAAAUGCUUCCUGUUAUCUAAACGAAAAAGAUACUCUUAAGUUGUGCGGUACUUUGAUAUAAAACAUUUUUAGAGAGUGUAUAAAAAUGGAAUAUAUUUCGAUCAUGUGUGUACUGCUGUGCACUGUGGCCAUGGAAGUUAGCGGUCACGCCCGUUUGAUAAACCCCCCAGGGCGCUCCACAAUGUGGAGAUACGGGUUCAAUACUCCACAUAACUCGGACGACCACCAGCUGUCGUGUGGCGGAUUCGGCGUCCAGUUUUAUAGAAACAAUGGCAAAUGUGGCAUAUGUGGUGAUCGUUAUGACGGCGAUCGCCCAAACGAAGCUGGCGGGUUAUACGCAACAGGAACCAUUGCGCGCACAUAUAAUCAAGGUGACGUCAUCACAGUUCAAGUGGAAAUCACCGUCAACCAUGGCGGCUGGUUUGAAUUCAAAAUAUGUCCAAAUAAUGAUGUUAAAAAGCGGGCAACUCAAGAAUGUCUGGACAAAUAUCUGCUGCAGCAACUAGACGGUUCAACUAGAUUUGUUAUUCCAGAAGGACUUGGAAUUGUCUCCAUAAAACUAAAACUACCCCAGGGGUUGUCAUGUUCUCAGUGUGUGUUGCAGUGGAAAUGGAACACUGCCAGCAAUGUACGUUGUGAUGGGUCCAAAUGUUGUCGUGGCUGUGGGCCACAGGAGCAGUUCUACGGAUGUUCGGACGUAACAAUCACCGGAAGUAGUUCACAGUACAAACCUCCCGUUUAUGUUCAGCCUGUGCCGACACAACAACCACUUCCAACUGGUGGAAACGUUGGAAUACCGGGCUCUUUUCAGCCAAUAUCUUCCGGUUUUAUUGGUGGUUCUGUUUUACCGUCAGGACAUAUACCCGUACCCGAUGUGGUCAGUGCCUGCAGAGCUACUCCCGCAUUUAGAUUAAACAACGCGGCAGCAGACGACUGGUGUCGUCGGAACUGUAAAAAUGGGUAUUGUCCAAAACAAUAUUGCGACGAUACAUGUAGAGGACAAGCAGCACUGGUUCCCGUAACGAACACAUGUACGGCGAAGCAAUUUUGGCGGGAGAAGUACACCGUUCCAGAUGCAGCCGACAAAUGGUGUGUUGAAACAUGUACAAAGGGUCAUUGCCCACUAGAAUAUUGCGAAAAUACGUGUUGGGCUAGAUUAUGACUUUAAUUCCUAUUCUACUCUCAGGAAAUAGUCCGCUUUGUUAGAAUUCUUUAAUUUAUGCAACAACUCUACACCAGCCUGGUGUAAGUAUUGUCUACGAAGCUAACACAAACUUAGCUGUCGUUUGCCGCUAAAAACAAUCUGUUUUCUGUUGAGCAUUAUAUAGAUGUCCUUGGAUAUGUACAGUAUGUCAUAUACAAUAAUGUUCUUUAACUAAAUCUUUAAGUUUUCUUGCUCUUGUUUUGCUAUUUUAUCAUUUUUGCUUAAAAAUAUUUAUCUGUGAUAUACGCUUAAUUUCAUAUACUAUUCAAAAUAUAUUCCUAUUCUAUAUAUGUUCUUGUUCUCUCACAUGGCUUUGCCACCUGCCGAGAUAAGAUUUUACAAUACAGAUUACUUUACUUUAGGCUCUAGGUUCGAGUCCCCGCUCUGGAAUCAUGAAAAAGUUGUUUAGUCCCUUUAUUUUGGAAAUAGAGAUUUUAUUUAGGAAAUAAAACCUGGUAGGGCCGAUUUAUCGAUGUACAUAAUAAUAUUUUUUGUUGUUAAUACAUGUAUUUUAGUUUUCUUUAGUGUCUGUUGAUUGUGAUAAAAAUGUAACUUUUGUAUCUUCAAAUUUCACGCACCUGAAUAAAUUUGUUCGCAUGCGAAUUGUAAAUAAAAUACAUGUCAUAUUAUUUUCAUGUACUUCAUAUACUUAAUGUUCUUUCCCACUUCUUAAAGAGUUACCUAUAGUUUUAAUAAAUAUUUAUUGAACUUAA